CUGAUGAUGUGUUGUGUGUUUGUCAGAUUGUGGUAAAGGUCGAGUCAAACCCCACAGACGCUCAGGACACUGUGUGUGACAGUAAUCACACCUUGAAUCAGGAUGAAUCUACUGAUCAAACCUCCACAGAGUCUCUGGAUUCUGUCUGUAACGCUGGAGAACAGCAGAUCCUGAACACCAGACCACUCAACAUGUGUUCUGUCACACUGGUGGACUGCAGGAAACUCAUGGAGAUCAAAACUGAACCCACGUCAGAGGAAGAACAUCACACUGAUGAAGACGAGAAACAUGAUGAUGAUGAUUUUGUUCCUUCAGAUGAGAGCGGUGAUUCAUGUUGUGAUGGAGAAACGGCCUCUACAUCAAAACAACCAGAACAGAAACUCUUCACCUGCACCAGAUGUGACAUCAGCUUUCCUACCUUACAAGAGAAGAAACUUCAUUCACAAGAGCACAGAGAGAAGCUUCAGUGUGAGGUGUGUGAGAAGAGUUUUGUCUGUUCUGUUACUCUGAACGCUCACAUGAGGUCACACACUGGAGAAAAACCUUUCCACUGCAGUGAAUGUGGGAAAUAUUUCAGCACUAAAGGAACACUUUCUGCUCAUCAGAGAACACAUACGGGGGAAAAACCGUACAUAUGUUGUCAGUGUUACAAGACGUUUAAUCGAAGAGCUUAUCUGAUAAAUCAUCAGAGAACUCACACGGGGGAAAAACCGUACGCGUGUCCUCACUGUGAUGAGAGAUUCAGUCUCAAACACUAUCUGAAGAGACACGUGUAUCUACACACCAAUGAGAGACCGUAUGAGUGCAGUGAAUGUGGAAAAGGCUUCAGGGAUUCAGGUUGUUUAAGGCGACACCAAAAAACACACUCUGAGAAACUCUAUAAGUGUUCACACUGUGAUAAACCUUUCCGUUAUUCAUGGCAUCUGGUAACUCAUGAGAGAACUCACACUGGAGAGAAACCUUACGUCUGCUCUCAGUGUGGAAAGAGCUUUACUAAUUCAGGUUCUUUCAAAGAUCAUCAGAGAAUUCACACUGGAGAGAAACCUCAUAAGUGCAGUGUUUGUGGGAAGAGAUUCAGUCGACAUUAUAGUUUAAAGACACACAAGAGAACUCACACUGGAGAAAGACCUUACAAAUGCUCUCAGUGUGACGAGACGUUUGCUCAAUCAGAUGUCCUGAGAACCCAUGAGAGAGUUCACACUGGAGAGAAACCCGCCACUGCUUGAUCUGUGGAGAGAGAUUCACUUAUUUAGGAGUAUUUUAGACUCAUCAGAAGAAACAUGCUGAAGAACAAACUGCACUGGAUUGGUCUUAAAAUCCCUUCAAUGCUCAAUCUUAUCUAGGGCUCUUGACAUGUAAAAUUAUAAAAUAUUCUAAUGCAGAAUAUGCAGAAUCACAAGAAACGCUAAACUUCUUUUCAAUGUGUGCAAGCUUCUAAUAAUAGUCUAGCGACAUGAUUCAAGGUGACUGUUUCUUAUGUCACAACUAUUAUGAAGUAUUCUUAAACAUUAAAAGAGUGUAACAUUUGUUACCCUGAUAGCACACAUACAUCUGGGAGACGUCUGUUUAAUGUAUGCAUUUACAACUGCAAGAUGUGUUUUUUUGAUAGUUUGCUCAUUUGCAAUACGUCUCAGAGACGUCUGCUGUCACAUGUCAUAUAGACAUCUAGAAGACGUAUGUAAGAUGUUCAUGAUUUCUAAUGUAUGCAAGACGUUUAUCAGAUGUUUUUACAUGGCAGAUGUUUUCCAGAGCCUGUAUUCAUUCAUUCCUGUUGCUCCUACCCUGAUAGCACACAAACAUCUGGCAGGCGUCUAUUUGACGUCUGCAUUUACAUCUGCAAGACAUAGUUUGCUCAUCUGCAAUACGUCUCGGAGACGUCAGAUGUCAUAUAGACCUCUAGAAGACGUCUGUAAGAUGUUUAUGAUGUAGAAUGGAUGUAAAACUUUCUAAGAUGUUUAGCAGAUGUUCUUACACAGCAGAUGUCUUGCAGAGGUACGUGUGCUAGCUGGGUAGUAACAAAAUUAGAAGAAAAUUCUUAGAAAUGUGGGCGUUUUAAUGAAAGAAAAGAUCGCAGUAAAGAAAAAAGUCAUUCAUAAAGCCUCUUAACCCUUAAAAGAGGUCCGAAGGUCCAAAAUUGUUAGGAGUAUGGAUGAGGACUUUUAAGAGGCUUUUAGCAGCAGAGACAAUGGACACAUCGCGAAGAGGGUGAAGAAAUGCGUUGCACACAAUGCAUGACAGUGAGAUGCUAUGACGCAACACAUUAGAUCGCGUGUGGAUCAUCUUUGUGACCGAUCUUAUUAGAGACACGCUCGUCUUCGAAAUGCCAUAUCGACAUAAAUACGAGUAAUCGCUAUACUAACUACAUUAACAUUUUUGGCAACAGGAAAAAAAAUGCACUUAUAUGCAGCAGAAAUGAUUUGGGUCAGCACACGCUUUCUUCUCUCUGCAGGCAGAGUCGGACGCUUGUGUGAUUUAAACGUUUAUUUUACAUCAUUGAUUUACAAUAGCGAUUUCUCUCUUUGUUCAGUAACUUGUAACAAUCAGCUUUCUAAGCCAAGUUACAAAAGUAAAGCUGUGAUGACGACACAGCUUUUCAUGAUUGGCUAGACAACGAUCACGUGCGUUUCGGGUUUAUUAUAACACCCUCAGUUCAACUAAUACUUAUUAAUGCAUGUUUUAAAACAUCUCUGUUCGUACAAAUAUAAUAAACAUGUUAUUUUGUGUUGUUUAAUAAAUUAAAAAUGAAAUUAAUACAGACUCCGUUGGUAAUUUAAUAAUAUAUGCUUAUGUUUACCAUGAUUUUUAGGCACACAGUGUUAAGCAGCACAUAACAUUUGCAAUAUGAAGAGUUUAUGGUUGCUACUUUUUAAUUUAAACGUUUGUUUAUUGGACAAAUCCACUAUUCCAAUCCACUUUAAUCGCACUUUGAAAAGGAAGCACGGUGCGAACGUCACUACGGCAAGCAGCAUGUGUCCGAUUUGACUGCUUCUUUUUCAAAUCCUCCCUCGACUGCAAGCGGCUAAUCUCGCCGAUCGGUCUGCGCAGCGCCGCAUGAGCUCGAACACACCUAAUAAGAGGAAUAAAAUGGCUAAGACAACAUGUAAAACCUAUUAAAACUCUAAUAUACAUAAAAUAGUAAGAUAUAGAGAGCGUUUAAAACUGUGACACUGUCACACAUGACACAUAACUUACAUAUGUGAUAAAUCUUUGUUUGAAAGAUUUCUGAACAGUUUAAAACAUCUAUAGACCCUGAUGUUUGUUAACCCAGAGGUUUUUGAUUAUAAUUGUAAGUAAAGAAUGGAGAGUUUGUUAAAACUCUGUUGAAAGACAAGACUGUAAUGUUAGCCUGAAGUUAAUUGUUUGUUAUACUGUCAAUAAAUAUCUGCUUUAUGUUC